ACCUGGGAAGACCCAAUGGACAAGCAGUGCAAACAGGACAGCAAGGACUCGAUUCGGAGAACAAUCGUGGAGCAUGAUAAGGUCUUCAGGCAGCAGGUGCAUGAGCUGCAUCGUUUGUACCAUGUACAUAAAACAUUGAUGGCUGAAUGCGAUAGCCACAGGUAUCAACCGAGAGCAGAAGGAACUCAUGAAGUGGUGCAGGGAUCAAGGUCGAACCUCAACUGCAGUCCUUCUACCUUAAGGACAAACCAAUCUGCUCUCCUUGGUAAUGCACAAUACCCAGCUCCGCAACAAGUACAUGAAGAUUUGAGUCUCCAUGAAUGCAAGCCAGUGAACUGCCUCAGCCUCUUCGGUGAAGAAAACUCAGCAGCCAAAGAAAGGUUUCACGGGGAGAACCAUAAAUCAGUUGAAGAUGAAAGCUGGAGCGCCGCUGUAGAGAGUGAUCUUGACCUCAAACUGAGCAUCGGCCCUAGCUCACAUUCACCAGAAACACCACGCUGGCUAUUCUCAGGAAGCAUGGAAAGAAACCCUUCUGGCCAGCAUCGAUGA